UCUUCCUCAGCAAAAAAAGGAGGACUGGCAGUAGUUAGCUCAGGGCUAAACUUCCUCAAAAAAAAAAAAAAGAAAGAAAAGAGAGAUUUCUGUUGAAUAUGUAGUAAUUGUCAAGAAGGCUGAUGCAACAGAUUUAAGAACAGUUUUACCUCAACUAUCUUACAACAUCUGAAGAGGAAAACUAGGAACUAGUAUGAAAUAUUAGGCCAGACCAGUGGGUCUCAACCCAAAUGCAUAUAAAAAAUAUCCAUGGAGGACUUUAAAAAAAAAAAGAAGAAGAAUUGCAUGCCUGGUCCCUACCCUGGGACUUACUGAAUGACUCCUCUGGGAAUCCAGGAGGGAACAGGGCAGGAGGCAGGGUGGAUGGGGGGCGGGGGCCGGGAUGAAGGGGGAGUGUAGGGGAUGUAAGUCGCAAGUCUGGGAGAGAAAACCAUUGCCCUAAACACUGGCAAUAUCCAUAAGGUCAUCAAAGGCCCAAAGGGAGGACCUGUUUAAGGAGUUCCAAUGAAGCUGGAUGAGACUGCCCUCUUCAAAUUCACCAGGAAUGGAACUCAGGUCAAGUUUGAAGGUGGACAUCAAGAUUAAUCACUACUUCUUUCACCCACUCCUAGACAAAAUUAAAACACAAAUAAUCCCAUCCACCUUCCAGGGAUGGUAUCUGGCAGUUAACAAUGAAUCCUAACAUACUCACUCAACAAUCAUUACUUCAUCCCUGUGAUAUGUCAAAUGCUAUUUUAGCCUCUGACAGAAAAACUGGUAUAGUCCUUUCCCUAUAGUAAUACUAGUCUGCCAGGUAUGACCAACAGCAUUAUGAAAUCCCAAUAGAGAUGAGAGAGCAACCAGUUAGUUCUCCAGGGAAGGAAGAAGUAACUUUUGAGCCAAACCUUGUUGAAAAGACGAGGGGAAGGGGUUUCCAAGUAAAGGAAUCAAUACGUAUAAAAAGAAAUGUUAAAUAUUCCAUUUUAUACUAUCCAUACAGUUUUUUCUAUACUCUAGAAACAUUGGAUAUCAAAUAUUAUUAUUUAAUAUUACUGUCCCAGAGGAUAGGGCACAAAUCUAGAACUUAAGUAGAUGUUGAGGGCUUAAAACUUACUUAGCACUGAUCAAUAAAUUUUCAGAAAUUAUCAAUAAGUUUUCAGAAGUUAUCAGAAACAUUAAAAUAGUGCUACUUAUUUCCCCAGAGAAAUUCAGAUACUCUCACUCUCACACAUUACAUAAAUUAAAACUCCAUAAUGAAAAUACUAGGCUACAAAGUCAACUGCAAAGAAAUCUUUCACUUUCACUUGUAAAAUGAAAGUGGAAAAGAUAGCCUAAAACAAAUGAGAAAAAGAACUUGCUCAAAAUAGGUCCAUUUUACUCUUAAUAAGGAUUCUUUAACUAUGCCUAUCUAACUUGUGAGAUAGCACUCCUGAUCUGUAUAAAAGAAUACAGCAGUCAGAAAACAUUUCCAGCUGAAGUAUUCAUAAAUAAAAGUAGCUGAAUGUGAACAAAUAAGGACACCAUCACCAGGAGACUUCCUUAAUUCCGAAUCACUCAUUCAGAAAACUGAUCCUUCUUGCUGGCAUUGUGGAGGAUGACCUUACCUUCCAGACCAAUUAAAAGCAGACACGACAGCAGAGACCCACCCAAUUUGGGGGAUGGUUCAGUGCAUGAUGGGCUAUAUAGCUUUUAGGGAAGCACAUACAACAAAUUAAGGUAGGAAAGAACACCUUCAAUUUAAAAAUAAUAAAAUCUGCUUUAAACUGAUAGUCUAAUAGCCCACAAUUCUCCAGCAAUUCACUUCACGUUGACCUCUGUAGUCACAGAUGCACCACCUAGUUUUGAUUCAAUUCCACACAGCCAUUCUAACUACAUUGAUAUCCCUUCAAAAGUAACAGCAUGGUUAUAUGAUUGUGAAGAUCUGUUUCUAAGACAGAAUGUGAGUUCUAGAGAUGCAUAAAGACCACCUGUGAUGUGUAAUCAGUAAUAGAAUUAGCCACAGGAAUGCCCUGGGCGCAAAAUCUGGCACAAGCUGAAAACAAAACUUGUUGCCUCUAGCACAUCCUUCCGGUUCAGGAGUUCUUCACUAUAGGACUGCUAGUGUAACCCUCAACAUGUCAGCUGAGCCCCUGCAGAGUGAAUAGGAGAAUUAGAAGCAAGUAAAAAUUAUACACUAACUUUGUUUUACUGAUACUUUUGAAUACAAAUAGUUUCUAACUAAGGAUCAUUGUGGCAGGAGAAAAAUUAAGUACUGUAAUUAGCAUGGGUAUAGUGAGCUAUCCCACGCGUUAAGAUAAUGUUUACUGUGGUAGAGAUUUGGGGGUUUAAAAUAACAACACUCAGGUUUACUGAGCCAGAAGUCCUAUUCGCUCUAUAGGCCCCCACCCCCAGCUUUUCAUUUCAAGUUAGUUCUAUCCUAAGGAAUUUACACCCUUGUUCAGUUAAAUUAACCUGAGUACUUCUCCAACACUGGUUACUUUCUCAUUGGAGUCUUUCUUGGCAUUUUUUCAGAAAUCCUAAUUAAAACUGACAAUUUAGACAGAUUCUGACGGAAUUACUCCUCUUCACCUACUCUUUCUGAUGGGAUUCUGCUGGGCUGAGAAGUGAUCAGCUUAACGGAGAAAGCGUGCACCCUGCGAUGGACAAAAUAAUUGCCUGCCUCAAGAAAGCACUUAUGCCCAUUCUGCAGCCACUGAAUGACCUUGGCUAGGAACCAAUGGCUGCGGGGCGUGGGGCAAGAAGAAAGGAAGUACCCUGGGGACCCAGGGCCUCUGCAUUUGGUGAAACGUUCGCUUCCAAUAUAAAGCCUUGGGAUGCCUCCUCGCCUGGAGAAUAGAGAACAUUAACACUGACUCACCCAGAAUCUGUGAAGAUACCUAAUCGAAGGGGGGUAGAGAGGUGGUUAAGCCCUCUGCGAAAAGGAAGUGCCGCAAGAGCACCAAGAUCCUUCUCGUCAGAAGAAACUUAUGUUGGGAGAUCAACACCAGCUUGUGCGCUUCUCCAUAAAGCCUCGUCAUGUAGAACGGAUUACACACAGCCAGAGGCUGAUGAGCAGCCUUUGCGUGCGCUACAGUGAGAGGCCACCUCUUUCUUUGUGGGCUGGAUGGGUCAUUGAGCGUCCUCUCUUCACAAACUUCAUCAUCUUCCUUAUCUUUUUGAAUACGAUUGUCCUGAUGGUUGAAAUAGAAUUGCUUGAAUCCUCAAAUACCAAACUGUGGCCACUGAAGCUGACUCUGGAGGUGGCAGCUUGGUUCAUCUUGCUUGUUUUCAUCUUGGAGAUCCUUCUGAUGUGGCUAUCCAGCUUUUUCCUCUUUUGGAAGAAUGCCUGGAAUGUCUUUGACUUUGUUGUCACCAUAUUGUCCCUGCUUCCUGAGGUUGUGGUGCUGGUAGGGGUUACAGGCCAGUCUGUAUGGCUCCAGUUGCUGAGGAUCUGCCGCGUGCUAAGGUCUCUCAAACUCUUUGCACGAUUCCGUCAAAUUCGAGUCAUUAUUUUGGCCCUGGUCAGGGCCCUCAAGAGCAUGACCUUCCUCUUGAUGUUGCUGCUCAUCUUCUUCUACAUUUUUGCUGUGACUGGUGUCUACUUCUUCGAGCAUUAUACCCGUUCAACUCGCCAGGACCUGGAGUACCGCAUGUUCUUCUCAGACCUGCUGAAUUCCCUAGUGACAGUAUUCAUUCUCUUCACCAUGGAUCAUUGGUAUGCACUGCUUCAGGAUACCUGGAAGGUGCCUGAAGUCAGCCGUACCUUCAGCAGCAUCUAUGUCAUUCUUUGGUUGUUACUUGGUUCCAUUAUCUUUCGAAAUAUCAUAGUGGCCAUGAUGGUUACUAACUUUCAGAACAUCAGGAAUGAGCUGAAUGAGGAGAUGACGCAUCUGGAGGUUCAGCACAAAGCCGACAUAUUCAAGCGGCAGAUUAUCCAGAGGAGACAAAACCUGUACCCUGAGACACUGAGGUCAAGCCUUAGCAAAAUUGAUGCCAGAGAUGCCAGUCAACAAGAGGAAUCUUUGGUCUUAUCAGAAGCUUCUCAAGAAAAGUCUAAAUACGCUGCCACUGAAGAGGGUUCAAAAACAAAAGAGUCCUUGUCAAAAAUGAAAAAGUCCUCAUCUUCUUCUUCCUCUUCCUCUUCCUCUUCCUCAACUUCAUCUUCCUGCUCCGCCUCUUCUGACUCCAGAGAUUUUGACUCUCUUGGUCAUUUGGACUGGGAGACUCAUGUGCACCAGAAUCUGCCUGGGCUAAUGGAUAUGGAUCAGGAUGAACGUGUUGUUUGGCCUAGAGAUUCACUCUUCCGAUAUUUUGAGUUGCUAGAAAAGCUUCAGUAUAACCUGGAGGAGCGUAAGCGGUUGCAAGAGUUUGCAGUGCAGGCACUGAUGAACUUUGAAGACAAGUAAAACCGACAAUGGAUGACUUCGAUAUCUUUGGCAAAAGAUAGUGAAAGGAAUAGGUGGAAAUGGAGAAUUCAAAGUAUAAAUGUCUAAUAAAUACUGCUGAUAAUUGCUCAGUGGUCUGUCUCUAAGACAUAGGGGAUACUGAAAGGUGUCAAGUCAGAGGAAAAUUUAGUUCACGUGCCAGUGGGGCCUGUGUUCCUUGGCUUUCUACCCUUUCCACAGCUCCUGAGUCUGACUCUUUCCUUGACUUUGUCACUAUAGCGCCCACUUUUCCUGCAACCUCUA